CUCUUGGCCGGCCUUCUUCUUUCCAAGCUCCACGUCGGGCCCAGACAAAAGGCCAGACAAAGGCCAGGCAAAGGCCCGUGAAUCAUGGGAAACUCAACAGGCGAAUGGCUUCGCGGAGCGUGGUCCAGAGUGGACACGGGUUUGAUUGGGGAUGGAGCCACACGGGACGCGGGAGAGACGAUAUCGAUUGGGAUUGGAUCUUGGACGAGGGAUGGGCCUAGUGAUGGGCCUACGAAAUCAAGGACCUGAUGAUGGUGGACCUGAUAGAUCAGUCCUUUUUUUCUUUUUCUUUGUUUCUGUCUUUGCUUUUCUUCUCAACGCUCAUCACCGGUGACCCGAGGGCGGGCAAAGACAUACAUGAUGUCACUGGGUUCAUUUCGCAGUUCACUUCUCAAAGCACCUCCGUCGUCGUCGGGACAGCAAGGGAUGGGAUGAGACGCCACGAGAUGAGAUGUCAUUCACGGAAGCCGGAUCAAGAGCCGACAACCGCGGUGAGCAUCAGGCUGAAGCGACAUGGCCGCGACCACGACGACAAUGCGGCCACGACUACGGUACGGCCACAACCACGGCCACAUGCGGUCGCAUUUCCGAUGGCCUUCAUUCCUCGAGUGAUUCCCGCGGAGCGAGGCCAUGUUGCAUAUCUGCCAGCUCGGGUAGAGAGGGAAUGAAGUGUGGAGGGGUCGACAUGUCGGCAGUGGACACGACCUGACUUGGUUUUGCACUCCAAGGGUAACUGGAGCAAGGAUGGUGUGUACUUUAUACUGUAGAUGGUGUUUGCAGCGGAAC